AGCGGAACCUUGUUCGCGCAGACUUGCGGGCCCGCCGUAGCCUACCCGCGCUGCUUCCCCACUCGCCUCGACCAGGACCGAUGGCGCCCAAGUUCGACCCCAACGAGGUCAAGAUCGUGAAGCUGCGGCAGUAUGGCGGUGAGGGAGGCGCCGUCAUCCGUGUUGGCACCGAAGGUCGGACCGCUGGGCAUGUCCCCCAAAAAGAUCGGCGACGAUAUCGUGAAGGGCACGUCCCAGUGGAAGGGCAUCCGCGUGACGGUGAGGCUCACGAUCCAGAACCGCGCGGCGAAGGUCGACGUGGAGCCCAACGCCACCAGUCUUAUCAUCAAGAGUCUCAAGGAGAGCCACUGCGCGACCGCAAGAAAACCAAGAACAUCAAGCACUCUGGCAACCUGACCAAGCAGCAGAUCUUCGACAUUGUGCGCCAGAUGAGGGAAAAGAGCCAGGCCAAGGAGUUCAGUGGCACCCUCAAGGAGGUCCUGGGUUCCUGCCGCGCCGUGGGCUGCACGGUGGACGGCACGGCCCCUGCCACGCUGACGCAGAUGGUCGACGACGGCGAGUUCGAGAUGCCCGAGAAGUAAGCGGCAUCAUCGGCGGCCGGGCGGCGCUUCUGGAGCAGGGGGAGCUGGGCGCGGUGUCGGCAGGUGUGUCUGCAGAUGCCCUCCCCGCCUCCCUCCCUCGCCGAUGCUCGCCGACCUGUCGCACUAGCAUGACCUGGGGCCUCCUCCUCCUCCUCGGCUCCUCUCUAGUUUCCAGCCUGCGCGAGGCCUCUUUGCACUGGACUGGGGCGUCGCUGGGGCGACGCCGCCCACGCAGAGGGGCUGGGUGGGCUUCUCGCCUGCGCGCCCUCAACUGCCACCCCCUUCGCUGACCUCCCC